UGGGAAUAUUGUACCUACCACAGGUAGUAUCUCUUCGUGACAUAUUUUAUACGAACUGUGUAUUGUAGAAGAAAGAGAUAUGGGAAGCUGCAUCAAAUCAUCAAAGGGCAAGGUCCUUGUGACAGGGGGGAGCGGAUUUAUCGCUUCACACAUAAUCGACGUAUUUCUCGAUGAUGGAUUUGAAGUCGUCGCGACAGCGAGAUCGGAUGAAAAGGGUCGUAGCAUAGUAAAUUCUGCACCAAUUUCUCAGCAGAAGAACCUUUCAUAUGUUCUCGUGGGAGAUAUCUCAGAGGAUGGAGCGUUUGACUCUAUAUUCAAGACAGAGUCGGCAUUCGACUAUGUUGUUCACACUGCGUCGCCAUAUACCCUCAAGGUCCAAGAUCCGAUUAAAGAUUUACUAGACCCAGCAAUUAAGGGGACGACGGGUAUACUCAAGUCUAUUAAGGCAUACGCCCCGACUGUAAAGCGUGUCGUGAUAACUUCAUCCUCGGCAGCCAUAAUUAACACGCUGAAACAUGCCAAAGUCUACGAUGAGACACACUGGGCACCGUGGACUUUGGAGGAUAUUCACAUCCCGAAAAGGGCGUAUGAAACUAGCAAGGUGCUUUCUGAAAAAGCAGCUUGGAAUUUCGUAAAAACCGAGCAGCCAAACUUUGAUCUUGCCACCAUAAACUGCACUUUUACCUUCGGCCCCGUGCAACGGAGCCUUCCAAGCCUCGAUGCUAUGAAUACGUCCAAUCACCGCAUCCGAGACAUGGUACAGGGCAAGAUGAAGGGGGGUUUGCUACCCACUUUACCAGUAUUCACAUUCGUCGACGUCCGCGAUGUAGCACAGGCACAUCUGAAAGCUGUAACCGUUCCUGAGGCAGGCGGGAACCGUUUCUAUGUUGUCGGGGGUCACUUUUCGAAUAAAAGGAUCGCGGACGUGAUUCGAAAUUCGUAUCCGGAAUUAGCAGGGCAAAUACCUGAGGAUUCGCACGAUGACUUCCCAACAGAUGUCUAUGAGUUCGACAACAGCAAGUCGAAGAGGAUACUGGGAUUGGAUUAUAUCGGACUUGAGAAAUCUGUAAAGGACACUGUCCAGUCGAUACUUGAUAGGAGCUGGAGGCUUUAGACGGAUACCUAGGUACCUACCUACCUACCUAGUAUCUACCUGCCCGUAUGUUACCGCUGAGGGAGAAUGGACUUGAUAUGGAGUGGAUCCUCAAAAUAGGGGGCGGAACAACCACCUGGGCACCUAUGAACACUCAGAUCACAAUUCGCACACUCAACAAAAAGCAACAUAGUCACAUUUAUUAUCUACCUACCUAGGUACCUACCUACCUUACCUACAUACCUCAUAUUACUAUAUUAUCGUGAACUUAGCCGAGAUCUCUUUGAAUUCGACCCUAUCAUUUUUGAAUCAUUUCAUCUGAUCUUAU